GAUUCUUAUUGGCCCAGCGCGCCGUCGGUCGUCGGCCGGCCCGCCCCCUCAAAACCGUACAUUUACAGUGUAGCAAAAGAGAAAGUAACUAUGUUGCCGCUGGAGAUCAAUGAAGCCCAGUGAAUGGGGCUGAGAGCGCGAGUCCGUGGCUGAACGCAGCGCCGGGUGGUGGAGGGCGGCACUGACCUACCAAACUGUCUUGAGUUCUUCUUGAAUUGCCAGUUUUCAGCCUCCUCAUGCCUCCAUCUCCUUUAGACGACAGGGUAGUAGUGGCACUAUCUAGGCCCGUCCGACCUCAGGAUCUCAACCUUUGUUUAGACUCUAGCUACCUUGGCCCUGCCACCCCAGGCAGUAACAGCCACCCUCCUGUCAUUGCCUCCACCGUUGUGUCCCUCAAGGCUGCAAAUCUGACGUAUAUGCCCUCAUCCAGCGGCUCUGCCCGCUCCCUGAAUUGUGGGUGCAGCAGUGCCAGCUGCUGCACUGUUGCAACGUACGACAAGAACAAUCAGGCCCAAACCCAAGCCAUCGCUGCCGGCACCGCCACCACCGCCAUCAGAACCUCUACCACCUGCCCUGCUAACCAGAUGGUCAACAACAAUGAGAACACAGGCUCUUUAAGUCCAUCAGGUGGGGUGGGCAGCCCUGUGUCAGGGACCCCCAAGCAGCUAGCCAGCAUCAAAAUAAUCUACCCCAAUGACUUGGCAAAGAAGAUGACCAAAUGCAGCAAGAGUCACCUGCCGAGCCAGAGCCCUGUCAUCAUUGAUUGCAGGCCCUUCAUGGAAUACAACAAGAGCCAUAUCCAAGGAGCUGUCCACAUUAACUGUGCCGAUAAGAUCAGCCGUCGGAGACUGCAGCAGGGCAAGAUCACUGUCCUAGACUUGAUUUCCUGUAGGGAAGGCAAGGACUCUUUCAAGAGGAUCUUUUCCAAAGAAAUUAUAGUUUAUGAUGAGAACACCAAUGAGCCGAGCCGAGUGACGCCCUCCCAGCCACUUCACGUCGUCCUCGAGUCCCUGAAGAGAGAAGGCAAAGAACCUCUGGUGUUGAAAGGUGGGCUUAGUAGUUUUAAGCAGAACCACGAAAACCUCUGUGACAACUCCCUCCAGCUCCAAGAGUGCUGCGAGGUGGGGGGCGGCGCGUCUGCGGCCUUAAGCUUGCUACCUCAGUCCAUCCCCACCACCCCCGACAUCGAGAACGCAGAGCUCACGCCCAUCUUGCCCUUCCUGUUCCUUGGCAAUGAGCAGGAUGCCCAGGACCUGGACACCAUGCAGCAGCUGAACAUCGGCUAUGUCAUCAACGUCACCACUCACCUUCCCCUCUACCACUAUGAGAAAGGCCUGUUCAACUACAAGCGGCUGCCGGCCACCGACAGCAACAAGCAGAACCUGCGGCAGUACUUUGAAGAGGCUUUUGAGUUCAUUGAGGAAGCGCACCAGUGUGGGAAGGCGCUUCUCAUCCACUGCCAGGCCGGGGUGUCCCGCUCCGCCACCAUCGUCAUCGCUUACUUGAUGAAGCACACUCGGAUGACCAUGACUGACGCUUACAAAUUUGUCAAAGGCAAACGACCAAUUAUCUCCCCAAACCUUAACUUCAUGGGGCAAUUGCUGGAGUUUGAGGAAGACCUGAACAACGGUGUGACACCGCGAAUUCUUACACCAAAGCUGGCGGGCGUGGAGACGGUUGUGUGACAGAGGACAGGCUCACUGCUCUCCGAUGGGAGGCCAGCAGGGAGGAGGACAGUUCUGCUUUUUCUUUUUCUUUAUUGUUUUUUUUUGGGGGGGUGGGGGUAUAAAGUUUGUGAAUGGAAACAAACUUGUUUGAAAACUUUUUAUUUUUAACAAGUGUGAGAAGACUAUAACUUUUGAUGCCAUUGAGAUUUCCUUUCCACAAACAGAUAUAGCAGGGAGGCUAAAGAAGCAAUUUUUUUAGACAGUAAAACUUGUUUCUCCCCCUUUUCCUUUUAAGCUAUUUGUAGAGUUUAUGACUAAAUAGUCUGUGCAGGUUCAUAGACCGAAGAUACUACACUUUAAACCAACUAAAAAGAACCAAAAGUAAAUAGAGAAGACAUUGAAUCGUGAAGUCCUGGGAUCCACCUGGGCCAAACCCAACCAGACCAAGUCCUGUUGUGCUCACUGUGCAACGAGAAGAUCAGGGCAGCUUAAGUGGUCUAAGAAUCCUUCAGACACUCAUUAAAGAGACAGAGGAUAUUGUGGAUUUUGUGUGUUUCAUGCUCUGGAUUUUUUUUUUUUAACUUCUCUGGGUUUAAGAGAUUUUUUGAAAUAGAAAGAAAUUGGCCAUUCUACAGUAUGCUUUCACUCACUGGCUUCUUGUGCAAUAAUGUGGUGUUUUGAGUGUGCAAACAAGUUAGAGCUGGCAGCUGAGUGAUAGACAGAUAGUGCAACUUUGCCAGCUUGGAGAUAGAAAGGAAUUCAACAAUGUACCAAUUUACUUUCCUUCCCACCUUUUUCCUUUUUUUUUUUGAUUUGAUUCUUGUUACAGUGCCAUAAACUUUGUUACAUAUGUAUAUCAGAAUGUAAAAAAAGACAAAAAUUUAUUUAAAAAUAUUUUUCGCAAAAAACACAAAAAACUUGGUCUGUUUCUAUUGAUUGUGUAAAAAUUUAUUUUCAUUAUAUAAGUGAAACU